GCUCGGUCCAGGCGGGUCGGCGCAUGCGCGCGGAGAGGCGGGGCAGGGCCGUCCACUCCGUGGAGCUGCGUGCUCUAAGUCCGUGACUUUUCUCUCAGUGUUUUCCGAGGGGGCCGAGUGGCGGUCGCCCUGCAUUUAUUCGUCCUCCUAAAGAUGCAUCCUGACUUAUCGCCACAUUUGCACACCGAGGAAUGCAACAUCUUGAUUAACUUGCUUAAGGAAUGUCACAAAAACCACAGCGUUCUGAAAUUUUUUGGUCAUUGCAACGAUCUUGAUCGGGAAAUGAGAAAGUGCUUGAAGAAUGAGUAUUCAGAGAAGAGGACCAGGAGCAGGGAGCACGGUAUUGCCAUGCGAGCGAGGCUUUCCAACCCUCCAGAGGAAGCUGGAAAAUAGGUUCACCGGAUGCCUUGACUGCGAGACCUGAAGGUGGCUGGGAGCUGGAAAAAAAAUCCCUUCUUUUGGUCUCUAUGGCCCUUUGAAUGAAAGGUGACCCAUGAAGAACUGAACCGUGGAGAAACAUGAGAAUAUGGAUUCUUAGUACUCGUUGAGCAAAAGCCUUUAGUGCCGUGAGCUGUGCCUGCUUAACAGUUUCCUCUGCUGCUGCUCUGAGUCUCAGUCCAUCCAGUGCCAACUCGCCUCCUACAAUAAAGUGAUCGGACAGUG